GUGGGGUUUGAAGAUCGCAAUCCCAAAUCAAAGCCAUCUGAGUUUGGAAAAGAGGGAUCAUGCGAUAAUAGGAAAUGCACGAGGUGGUGAUCAAAACUCCUCAGAAAGCAUAGAAAAGAAGCAACCUCGACGAGUGAGCUCGCGCAGCAACAUGUGGACGAGGCGCGCUCAAGUUUCCUGAUCACACUGCCUCGACUGUCAGAACAAAGCGGCGCUAACGCGAUGUGUGGAUUAUUAUUAUUAUUAUUAUGAGUGGCCAUGGCGGGGUGUGACCGUGGGGUUCAGAUGCUGCUGGCCACCGUCGGGGCUUUCGUGGCGUUCAGUCUGAUGAGCAUCGCCAUCGGGACCGACUACUGGCUUUAUUCUCGCGCAUACAUCUGUAACGCCACCAACAUCAGCACGGACGAGACGCAGCCCAAGAAGGUCCGCGGAGAUCUCACGCACUCCGGGCUCUGGAGGAUCUGCUGCAUAGAGGGUCUGAACAAAGGAAGUUGUUACCGAAUCAAUCAUUUUCCAGAUGACAAUGAUUAUGACACAGACAGCUCUGAAUAUCUCUUACGUAUCGUGCGUGCCUCCAGUGUGUUCCCCAUCCUCAGUACCAUUCUGCUGUUGCUGGGGGGGCUAUGUGUCGGGAUAGGACGCAUCUACAACAAGAUGAACAACAUAUUACUCAGUGCAGGGAUACUAUUUGUGGCAGCAGGUUUGAGCAACAUUAUUGGUAUAAUUGUCUACAUCUCCAGCAAUGCCGGUGACCCCAGUGACAAACGAGACGAAGACAAGAAGAACCAGUAUAACUAUGGUUGGUCUUUCUACUUCGGAGCGCUCUCUUUCAUUGUGGCUGAGGCAGUGGCUGUUCUGGCUGUCAGUAUCUAUAUUGAGAAGAGCAAGGAAGUACGAUUCAAAGCACACCGUGAGUUCAUCAAAGCUACCUCGUCCUCUUCACCGUAUUCUCGCAUACCUAGCUUUCGCUAUCGUCGACGGCACUCGCGCUCCAGCUCUCGUUCAACACAAGCAUCUCGUGAAGCAUCACCUGUGGGAAUGAAGAGGAUGAGCUCGGUGCCUGUUGGAGAGAUCAACAUGUACACAUUGACAAGAGACCCCCUCAAGUCAGGGACGGACAGCUCCUACAGCCCAGACCACGAUUCAGGAUUCCUCCAAGUACACAACUGCUUUCCCAAAGACCUUAAUGAUGGGAUCAACAGGAGGACAACACCUGUAUGAGGGUAGACACUGGAAUGGAAGAGAUAAUGUUAAGGCCAUACUGAAUGGAUAGCCAUCAGGUCUCGGUGGCCUGUGGCAGAUGCCAGUGGAAGGAUACACAUUGGUCAAGCCAGUCAACCAGUGAUGUCUCUCAUCGGUGAAGGACAAUCAGGAAAGAAGUUAAGAAGGAAAGAUUUCAUCUUAACAUUCAACAACCAUUUGGAACAUGCUCAUUUGUUUUUCUGCUUGCUUGGUCCUCACAUAUAAACUGAACAUUUCAGAGAUACUUAUCUUCCAUCAAAGGGCAAGACAUGCAAAUGUAAAAUGGAUGGUCUUUGGCAGAUAUUAAGAACUUUGAGUAAGCCAGUCCAUUCCCUUGGUUGAUACAUAUAUUUUUGUUUGCCAGUACAGUGCCAUACUCUCAAUGUAAACCAAUGUGAUAAUGACUCUCACAGUAUGAGAUGGUGCUAACAUAGGCUCACAGCUGAAGCCUUCCCACUAUUGUGUGUUCAGUACAGACUUAAAUUGAAUACUGAACGCCCUUGUUUGUGUCAUGUGUUUGUAGCCACAGUUGUCUAUUCAGUGUGCCUAUCAUCUUGGCAGUAUCAACUGCUCAGACUUACUCUGGAGCCACUUUGCAACAGCGCAAAACUGUAUUCCUCUCUUUUUGUUGUUGUUGUUAACUAGAAAUAUCAGUUGUAUUACUAAAUAAUCACUGGGACAAUUUAGUUUAGGAGAUGUAUGACUACUAAUCGUGUAUAAACACCCUGCUGAAAAGACCAGCUUGGAUUUUCAUGAUGUUCUGACUGGUUUGUUAUGGUCUGGUGCUUUCCUAUGUGGCGAACCUGCUUAGACAUGCUGUUCAUUAGCAAAAUUUGACCAAGGAAGUUUUGCUGGUCUAAGUUAGCAUGGUAUAGCAUUUGCAAACUAUUUUAUUUUUGUCAUAUUUCAUAUUUCUGAAUGAAAGGCUGGAUUGGACUUUGCCCAUUGGAAAGUCUGAAAAGUGUACUCACGUUCCAAAAAAAAUAAAAUAAAAUAAAAAUUCCAAUAAUGUCCACGCAGCUGUUUUCCAAAUAAAGAAUAUGAAUGAGAUUUGGGGCUGUAGUUAACCAGAAUUUUCUCUUUAUUCAUCUCCAUGAUACCAGUUGCAAUCAUCAGACUGGAAAAGAAGAUUAUCAGUGAAUAAUAACUUGGAUUACUAAUGGACUACUAUUAUGAUGAUUUUAUGUCAAGUGAACCCAAUGGCUUAUACACAGUAUUCCAAUUGACUGAACCACUGAGUCACCUGAGAAGAAAAUCAGUCGAAUAAAUGAAUCAUUUAUUAUAACUGUGUGAACUUGAUUGUACAAAAUACACUGAAAUUAUCUAAAUUAAAAGACCGAUUUGAUCUCAAAUCAGAAGCUCAACAGCCCCCGUUGUCAUUCAGAUUGGUUAUAUGGAAAAGGGAGGCCAGGAUAUUUCUUUAAACAAAUGAGCAUUAGUGUAAAGUUAAUGGAGCAUGAGCAGAGCCAGACCAGUGGGUGAAACUUACAUUACUUUGGUGACAUCAACCAAAAAGGAAAAUUAUUUCAGCUGAAUUUUUUUUAAAGAUUACAAAGAAAGGGAAAGACUAUAGAUACAUUUUUCCAUGUGUACUGAUGAGUCAUAAGCCCAGAGAUGUUUAUUAAGCAAGUAAAUAUAAUUUUGAUUUUUCAUUGUGUUUAAGCUAGUUCAGAAGUCUGGUUUCGACUCCAGGGUUCCUCGCAUAGCACCAGCAUCCAAAACACAUCAUAUGAUGGUGACCAGCCCUAACGGUCUUUUCAGCAGGGAAAUAUAGCAGUAUUCAACCGGCCUCAAGUUUUAUACUAUCGCCUUGAUUUCUGACUGCCAUUGAUAGUAGUUGUGUCAGUAGUUAACCAGUGUCAUCGCUUUGUGAAUCAGUCAAAGAGUGAUGUAAUUCCUCAGCCUUCAUCUCCAUCGAGGGGUUUCACCUCUACUAAAGCUCUUUGCCUGAAUGUGAGUGGUGGCUGUGCAACGACCAAAUGGGGCACCUUUGGGGAUCUGACAUUGUUCGAGUCCGCUGAUAAAAGUAGUGCUGAGAAAUGUCAGACAUCCAGAAAUGAGCUGGUCAGCCCUGAGAAGCAUUUCAGCGACCGUUGAUAAGUAUCUAGGGCAGAGCAGUAUGAAAGACAUCAGUGUGGCCGAUCCAGCCCUUUAGAAGACCAUUCAAAGUGUCUUAGCCUCACCAGAGCCUUAUGCCUGGAUUUCUCUUUGAGUCGACAAUAUAACCUCAUCUCUUCUUUGUUACUGCUGGUUUUCCUUUCCCAUCUUGCAUCUCCUCGACAGAUCCUUAGUCAAGAAUCUAUCGCUUUUUCCUACUAAGGACUACUGCACUAUCCAUGUGAGCGGUCAAAUCUGCAUCGCUAAAAGUGUUUCCUCACUAAAGGAGAGGUUGCAGAUCGAUGUAAAUAUCUGGUGUUUCACUAAAUCCAAGCAUUCACAGCUACCUUUUCUUAGUAAAGCCAUUUUGACACAAGCUUUUGAGCCAUGGCUCUUUGUAGAAUGGUGUGUGGUGGGUAGAUGUAACCGUUUGCAUGUUUUUCUAUAACCCAUUGACUUUGUGUGCUUUUAACAGUAUUAUUAACAGGAUGACUCCAGGAUGCCUCACUGCCAAGCAUCGCUCACUAUAAAUACCUGUAAUGUUCUCUCUGUUCAUCAUGGAAGGCAUUUUGUCCUUCUGGUUUUCUUGAUUUGCCAAUGUUGUUCUCAGUAUUUCUCUGUAUCACAGACAAGUCAACAUAUCGUUGCUCACAUAAAUAAAUUGAAUCGAGG